UAAGAAAGAAAAAGAAAAAGAAAAGGAGAAAACAUUUGUUAAAAAAAAUAAAAAUUUCAAUCCUCAAGAAACAGAAAUGAUAUAAGCAGAUCUCUCUCUACUCACUAUCCUGUAAGGCUCAGAUCGACAUCAUCGUUCAUCUCAUAGUUUUCAGGCAAAUAAACCACAAAGACACUGAAGUUACCUUUCAAUCAUGGAAGAGCCCUUGUAUCCCAUUGCGGUUCUAAUUGAUGAGCUGAAGAAUGAAGACAUUCAGCUUCGUUUGAACUCAAUCCGCCGUCUGUCUACAAUUGCUCGGGCACUUGGGGAGGAGAGAACUCGGAAGGAAUUAAUUCCUUUUUUGAGUGAGAACAAUGAUGAUGAUGAUGAAGUGCUUCUUGCAAUGGCAGAAGAAUUGGGAGUUUUCAUUCCAUAUGUUGGCGGAGUUGAUCAUGCUAGUGUUUUGCUUCCUCCACUGGAAGGUCUCUGCAGUGUUGAAGAGACUUGUGUCAGGGAAAAAGCUGUUGAGUCAUUGUGCAGAAUUGGGUCUCAAAUGAAGGAAUCAGACUUGGUAGAAGCAUUUAUUCCUCUUGCAAAGAGGCUGGCAGCAGGCGAGUGGUUUACUGCUCGUGUAUCAUCAUGCGGAUUAUUUCACAUUGCUUAUCCCAGUGCCCCAGAGCCAUUAAAAACUGAACUUAGAACUAUAUAUAGCCAAUUGUGCCAAGAUGACAUGCCUAUGGUGAGGAGAGCAGCUGCAACAAAUCUUGGGAAGUUUGCUGCUACUGUUGAACAACCUCAUGUGAAGACUGACAUAAUGGCGAUGUUUGAGGAUUUGACUCAAGAUGAUCAAGAUUCUGUCCGUUUAUUGGCUGUUGAGGGUUGUGCAGCACUAGGAAAGCUAUUGGAGCCUCAAGAUUGUGCUGCUCAGAUUCUUCCUGUCAUAGUUAAUUUUGCUCAGGAUAAGUCUUGGCGUGUCCGUUACAUGGUUGCGAAUCAACUAUAUGAGCUUUGUGAGGCAGUUGGACCUGAGGCAACCAGAACGGAUCUGGUUCCAGCGUAUGUUCGGUUACUUCGUGAUAAUGAGGCUGAAGUGCGUAUUGCUGCAGCUGGCAAAGUAACUAAAUUCUGUCGGAUUUUAAGUCCUGAAUUAGCAAUCCAGCACAUCCUUCCUUGUGUAAAGGAACUAUCUUCAGAUUCAUCUCAGCAUGUGCGCUCUGCUUUGGCUUCAGUCAUAAUGGGAAUGGCACCUGUUCUAGGAAAGGAUGCAACAAUUGAGCAACUUCUUCCAAUAUUUCUUUCACUUUUAAAGGAUGAGUUUCCUGAUGUUCGUUUGAAUAUUAUCAGCAAGCUUGAUCAAGUCAAUCAGGUGAUCGGAAUUGAUCUCUUGUCCCAGUCUCUGCUGCCUGCUAUAGUUGAACUUGCAGAAGAUAGACACUGGAGAGUGCGCCUAGCAAUAAUAGAGUACAUACCUUUAUUGGCCAGUCAGUUAGGUGUUGGGUUUUUUGAUGAUAAGCUCGGGGCCCUUUGCAUGCAAUGGCUAAAGGAUAAGGUUUACUCCAUCAGAGAUGCAGCUGCAAAUAAUGUUAAGCGCCUUGCAGAGGAAUUUGGACCAGAAUGGGCAAUGCAGCACAUUAUUCCACAGGUUCUGGAAAUGAUUAAUGACCCACAUUAUCUUUAUCGGAUGACCAUUCUUCAUGCAGUAUCUCUUCUUGCCCCAGUAAUGGGCUCAGAGAUCACUUGCAAUAAACUUCUGCCAGUGAUUAUUACUGCAUCGAAGGACAGGGUACCAAAUAUAAAGUUCAAUGUGGCAAAGGUGUUGCAGUCUCUCAUUCCUAUUGUUGACCAAUCUGUUGUGGAGAAGACAAUCCGUCCAUGUUUGGUUGAGCUUAGCGAGGAUCCAGACGUCGAUGUGAGAUUCUUCGCCAACCAAGCACUGCAAGCCGCUGAUCAAGUUAUGAUGUCAAGCUAAGGCAACUUUAUGCUUCGUUAGGAAUUUGUUGUUUUACGCAAUUUUAUGCUGGUUAGGAAAUUGUUUGUUUUAUGCUUUUUUGGUUGUCAUUCAAAACCCCCCUCCUCUCAGUACCAAAACUACUUCCAUCCAUCUGUAAUGACUGAUUAACUGGCAUACUUGAAGGGGAAAAGUGAGAUACUUUUGGUCCUUUCCUCUUCACGAUAUUAUGCAUGCUCGAUGAGUAUAUCCUGUUUUUGUUCAAAUAAAUUUCUUUUAAUCUUCA